GGCCGUAAAGUCCCGGCGCAUUAAAUGCUAUCAAAAUGUCAUCUAUGAAACUAUCAAUAAGCGCGGGCGGAAUGACAGCGGAUGGAAAUACAAAUACAGAAUGAUAACGUAAACGCAAAAAGAUGAAAUUCACAUAUAGAAGGAUAUGCUACUUUAUUAUUUUUGUAUAUGUAAUAUUUUCCUUGUAUGCUGCAUAUAGUGUAUUUUUCAGUGUAAAAGUUGUUUCCCGAGUGCACAGAGUUGUCAAAAAGAUUCCUGUCGAUGUUCGACCAGUAGGCUCAGAGCACCGAAGCAGCCUGCCCUUGCCUGGGGGAGAAGGGAAAUGGAAUCCAUGGGAGGAGGAUGAGCAGCUUGGGCUCUUGCACCUACAGAGGCGGAGGGAGGCAUUUCGGCUGUACCAACAACAUGUUUCCAAGAACAAGCCCCAGAGAUACAGGGUGCAGAUCUGGGGCAAAGCUGCCAUUGGGCUGUAUCUUUGGGAGCACAUAUUAGAUGGAACGCUGUCCCCCACACACCGAACAGCACAGUGGAGGGAAGGGGAGGUGGUCUCAGGAAAUACAGUCUUCAGUUUUUACACAGGCCCAGCUGUGGUCCAGGGUCACCUUCCUUUGGACACAGCCCACAUAGUGCUGGUCCUCAAUGGGCAUGAGGAACAGAAGAUCUCCUACGCCACCCGGUGGCUGCAGCACGUAGGCGCAUUGUCGCGGGCCGGCUCUGUGUUGGGUGUGGCUGUCGUUCUGCUAGGUGACGAGCGCUGCACCAACGACUGGCUCCACCCCUACUUGCGUAGCCAUGGCGGCUUUGUGGACUGCCUCUUCCUGGUGUAUGACAGCCCCUGGGUCAACGAGCAUGACGUCCUCCAGUGGCCUCUGGGCGUGGCCACGUACAGGGAUUUCCCAGUGGUCGUGCCAAACAGCCAGCUGGUGAACUCCGCCAGACCGUACCUCUGUAACUUCAUGGGCACGGUUUACAAGAACUCCUCCAGGGAGACCAUGAUGAGGAUCUUGAAGCAGGGCUGGGAGGAGGAAUGUGUGACUGCCACGAGAGAUAAGUGGCUCCCCCUAGAGACAGCCGAGAGCCUCCAACAGUACCAUGACAUGCUAGCACAGAGCGACCUCACGCUGUGCCCAGUGGGCAUCAACGCAGAAAGCUAUCGCAUCUUCGAGGCCUGCUCCCUGGGCUCUGUGCCGGUGGUAGAGGAUGUGGCUGCUCCUGGGGGCUGUGUGGGGGGACCUGCUGGCCCACUGCGCCUUCUCAAGGCACAGGGGGCACCCUUCCUCUUCCUUAGGGACUGGCGGGACCUGCCUGGCCUGCUGGAGCAUGAGCGAACCAGGAGUAAGGUUGAGAAGGCGGAGCGAAGGCGCCACCUGCUUGAGUGGUAUGCAGGUUUUCGGGAGGUGAUGAGGGAGCGCUUUACUGAGACCCUAGAGCGAGCCUUCUUUAGACAUGGCUAAGGGAAGGGGUCUGCCCAGGACAUUCAGUCUGCAAUGAAGCUGCCUUGUGGACUGGGGUAGGGACUGUCAGGUAUAACAAACAUGAUAUAAUCAUUAACACUAUAAAUUGUAUGGUGGGGAUUGCACAAAAACCUCCCUCGUUCUGUAUUUGUUGUUUCUAAGCAGACGGCUGGUGCAUAUUUAGUAAUCCUUGUGAUUGUUCCUCAUGUACAAAACCAGGUCCUACAUUACUACUGUAUAGUUUUACCAACAAAUGUCAUUUACUACCAUCUUGGUAGCUUCCAAAAAUGUAUGAUGUUUGGUGUAAAUAAAGGAUGUGUAAAUUAAAACCUAUAAACUCUUAAAAA